AACCAACCUUUCACAGACAUUCACAUGUUCUAGUAAGGUUAGUUCUGUGGCAAAAAAACAAACUGUGUUCAUAUUUCCAGCCUCAGUUACUGACAAGACUGUGCUGCAGGCAUUUUCAAGAAAGGAGCGCUGUGUUUUUGAAGAGGGGAAAGAAAGGAGAGUGAACGAAGCAGAGGAGAGAGGGGAAGAUAGAUAGAGGUAGAGAGAAAGAGAGAGGUAGUGAGAGGUAGAGAGAAAGAGAGAGAGGUAGAGAGAAAGAGAGAGAGGUAGAGAGAAAGAGAGAGAGGUAGAGAGAAAGAGAGAGAGGUAGAGAGAGAGAGGUAGAGAGAAAGAGAGAGAGGUAGAGAGAAAGAGAGAGAUAGACAGUGAUAGAGAUAUAGAGAUAUAGAGAGAAAGGGAGAGAGGAGGAUUGGAGAGUGUAACAGAAGAUAUCCACAUAGCAACGGGAGUGGACCGAGGCCCGACCAGGUGUAACAUCCCGCUACUGGACGGAGGGAGACGGCAGAGCCAUGGCGAAUAUAGCGGUCCAGAGGAUCAAACGGGAGUUCAAAGAAGUUCUGAAAAGCGAAGAGACGAGUAAAAACCAGAUCAAGGUGGAUCUGGUAGAUGAAAACUUCACAGAGCUGCGAGGAGAGAUCGCAGGACCACCAGACACGCCGUACGAAGGUGGCAGAUUUCAACUGGAAAUCAAAAUCCCAGAAACGUAUCCCUUUAACCCUCCCAAGGUGAGGUUCAUCACUAAGAUCUGGCACCCCAACAUCAGCUCAGUAACAGGAGCCAUCUGUCUGGACAUCCUCAAGGACCAGUGGGCAGCAGCGAUGACUCUGAGGACAGUACUGUUGUCCCUCCAGGCUCUUCUGGCUGCAGCGGAACCAGACGACCCCCAGGAUGCAGUAGUGGCCAAUCAGUAUAAGCAGAACCCAGAGAUGUUUACGCAGACAGCCAGGUUAUGGGGCCAUUACUACGGGGGAGCCCCUGUUCCCGGACCAGAAUACACACGGAAGAUAGACAAACUCACUGCCAUGGGCUUCGAAAAGAACGCUGUAAUCGCUGCCUUGUCUUCUAAAUCCUGGGAGGUCGAGACGGCAACAGAACUCCUCCUUAACAACUGAGACCCGGCAAGAAACCCCCCCCUGACCUCAUCUCCUUACGGUGCCCUCCGAUGCCUGCUCACCACAGCCCCCCCUCCCCCACAAUCCCUCUGACCUCAUCUCCUUACGGUGCCCUCCGAUGCCUGCUCACCACAGCCCCCCCUCCCCCACAAUCCCUCUGACCUCAUCUCCUUACGGUGCCCUCCGAUGCCUGCUCACCACAGCCCAAACGGAGCCUCGACUGGGGUUGAUGUCCUAGAGUUUCCAGCCCUGCCCGUCCAAGUCACUUCCUGGUAUCCUUUCAGCCCAACCCCCCCCCCCCCCCCACAAUCCCUUUCUUUUGGUUCUUCCCUUGAUGAACUCUUACUUUUCGUCUCUUAAGAACCCCGACGUUGAACCACUGUCACCUGGUGGAGCUAACUGGCUGAGAGAGACGGGAGGACGAGGAUUUAUCUGUAAAUAAAUAUUAGUUCUUCACAAAUACCCAGCGGAAUACUUUAUUCUUCCUGGAUAUUGUAAAAAAAAAAACACACACAACAAAAAAAAAAACGUCAACUGUGUUUCAGUUUUAGUCACGACGAGAAGGAAAGAAAUUGCCUCGCUAACUAUUUUGGUUGGCCCGACCAGGGAGUUCGUCCGAAUGUCCCGAUGAAGUGACGCCUGCGUCCCCCCCGUCACCCCCCCCCCCCAAAUCCCUCUCACGCUCCUCUUUCUCGACGAAGAAGAUACCUCUUCAUCAGCAGAGAAAACCACCGACCUUCCGGCUGGAUCUAUAUUUUAUAAAGAAAGAGGAAACAAAAGGACUCUUCCCUCUCUUCGCUGUCUUCCUGUUCCACGUUCCACUUCAGCACGAUGACGACGGAGAAGAUAAAGAACUGCACGACAGAGGAGAGACCCCCCACCCCCCCCCAUAAGGCUCUGGCCAAAAGUAGUGCACUGUAUAGGAGAUAAACAAAAUGGCAGCCUUUGUUUUCAAACUCCGUCGGGAGUUAUCAGUUUUGGAUUUGUUUUCUGAAGGAAACAGCAGCCGUCAGACCUGGGUUCAGAUGCUAUUUGAAAUCUUUCAGCUUUAGUCUGCCAGAUGGGAGGGGUUUGGAGUAUUUUAUUGGCUCGUGAAGUAAACUCAAUCUAGCACAGAAAAAGGGUUUUGAAAUGAUAUUGAGUGGUGUUUGAACCCGGGUGUGGCCGGCGUACAAUCACAUGAUUAUUUAAUGUGAGACUGUCAACGUUUACUUUUAUUAAAAAAACAACCUGGAAAAGCUA